AUGACUGGGAAAAAGAUUUUCGCGUUCGUAAGUUUAUUAGUGAUCCAAGUCAUCGUCUCAAUUGUUUACAAAUAUUCUCAAAAACACGGCAAAUACGAAUAUUCUCCAUUAUCAACGAUUUCUUGUUCCGAAGCGAUCAAAUUCUUUCUCAGUCUCAUCUUAUUAAUCAAUUCCUACCGAAAGCUCGACACUAGUGACCAAUUUUCCGACUAUGUAACCAAACAGAUCUCCACUUAUUUUCUUCUAAAUUCCUGCCUGUUGGCGCUUUUAUAUUGCGUUAACAAUCAGUUAGCAUUUCAAUUAUUUUUAUCCGUUGAUCCUGCUUCGAUAUCUUUAUUCAAAUCUUUAUCUUCAUUCGAAUGUGCGAUUUUAUUAUGGACGUUUUUUGAUCGUCAGAUCAAUCAAAUUCAAUGGUCAUCGAUUUGUUUACAAGUCCUCGGAUUGAUUAUUGUUCAAUAUGAUACUUGUCAUCAUUCAGCGUUGUUUCAAAUGAAAUUCUAUUUUAUGCUGAUUUUGAGUAGUUUGAUCACAGCAUUAUCAUCGGUGUUGAAUGAAUAUUUCAUCAAAGCGUAUUCAGUGGAAAUAAAUCUACAAAAUUUAGUUUUGUAUUUGUUUGGAUUCUGUUUGAAUUUCACGUUAUUUUACUUCAUUCCGAAUCUGGAUGGACAUGGAAAUAAAAGCUUCUUUCAAGGAUAUACACUAAUGGUCAUAGCGGUUAUUACGUGUAAUUCAUUCCUCGGAAUAACGAUCACAUUUGUUUAUAAAUAUGCGGACGCGAUUGUCAAGACGUUUAGUACGGCAUGUGCCACAGCUGUUCUUCUGUUCUUUAAUUUAACUUUAUUUCAUUCCUAUGCGACAUUGACAUCAUUUUUGGGAGCGGCAAUAAUUUUUAUCUCAUCAUAUGUUUAUUUUGCUGCGACAACAAAUUCGACUGCAAUUAAAGUUGAAGCUCAAGAGAAUUCGAAAACAACUUCACCGAAAUCGAAGUUGAUCAUGAAAUGGAUUAUUUACUUGACUUCGAUUUUCGUUUUCAUUUGUUCUGUUUUGUAUUUCUUCAUUCCGAUUCGUCGAUAUUAUUCAAAAAUGUAA